AUGCAGGAUUCAUUUACAUCGGCCAUAAUUCCGCUGACAACGAUAAAAUUUCAGGACAAGUACGUCGGUUUCAUGGGAAACGUUCGCGUUGGUCGAUUGAUGGAAGAUAUGGACAUGUUUGCCGUUUGGGUCGUUCACAAGCAUGUUCUCGUCCGGAUACCGGAAGGAGUUUCAUUGCCGUACACGUUUGUAACCGUUGUUGACAAAAUAGACUUUACCGAUCUAGUGCCAACGCAUGAUGCUGACAUUCGGCUUUCCGGUCAUGUGAGCUGGGUAGGCCGUACGUCGGUGGUAGUGGUCUGGAUGGAACAGAACCUGCAUGGCAAAUGGCGCAAGCUUACCCGCGCACUGUUUCUGAUGGCUAGCCAAAACGGGAUCUCUUCCGCUUCAAACACGAUCAAUCCCAUACUAUUGUCUCAGCCAAUUCUAAUGGUUUUGUCGAUUCAGAUGAAAUGUUUAACGCUGGAAGCGAUCGUGGGGUUAACUUUGCAAAAUGCUUCAUUCAACUAA